ACGUGAGGUGACGUGAGAAUGCAGCACGCGCACCGGCGCACUAGCGGUUGGACCUUCGACGAUCGCAUCGUACGAAAGGUGUACGGUAGUGCCGGGUAAGAGGCGGGCAGUAGGUACGAGACUCUCGUGAUACUUCCGGGUGUUCUGAAGGUCCGUCGCAUAUACGAUCCAAUACGACCGUCAGGCCGUCGGUGCCUCACAUUCGAUUAUGCUACAUAGAUAUGCAGUCGCUUGCCAACAGCAGCAUGAACGCGCUUCUAUACACAUUGCUAGUGCUCAUACAUUACUUACAUAGCCUAUACGUUGCGAUCCGUGGCGCGUGUAUCGCGGUGUACCGGUGGCUCGCGGAGUUCUGGUGUGUGAGCACGACGACGGAGCUCGACGUGCUCAUCCAAACGCUCUCGAGAAUCAGCAAGACGCCCAGGCACCUAGUGAUCGUGCUCGGACUAUGCGACGAAUCCGUUUUGGACUGUGUGCGUAUAAUUGGAUGGUGCAUUACACUUGAUAUACCUUACAUCAGCUUCUUUGAUCGUAAUGGUUUCUUGAAGAAAAAUGAAGUUAGUCUUAAAGAGGAAUUUGCGAGAAAGAGGCCUGAUCUAAUGGAGCAUAUUAUUUGGAAUCCACAAGCGAAGGCAUCUACUCAAAAUGGAGUAAUUGGAAACAAGUCCAAAAUAAAUGUAUCAUUACUAUCAGACAUAGAUAGCAAAGGAAAAAUAGUGACGUUGACACAGUCAUUGGCAAAAGCUGUGUCUUCGGGAAACCUUGACCCGGAAGAAAUUACGGACGAACUAAUCACUAAAAAAUUACAAGUAAAAGGGAUGCCUGAUCCCGAUCUCGCUUUAAUAUAUGGUUACACUUGUUCCACACAUGGUAUUCUACCAUGGCACACGAGAACAACAGAAUUUUUAAUGCUGCCAAUGUACGUUAGUGUCUCAGUGAAAGAUUUCACGUGUUUAUUAGAAAAAUAUAAUAAAUGUGUACAACGGUAUGGUAAAUGAUAUGUAAUUAUCUUUAUUUAUACAAGAGAAGCUAUGUUUUUCGAUAAAAAGAAAUAAAUUAUCAUAAAGACUGA